UGUUUGCUUUUUGUUUUUUGUUUGUCGAUGAUGACUGGUUGUGAUCCUCCAUCAUGACCAAUAGUCGAUCGGAUGGCCGCUCCCACUUGCUGCGAGUGGGCGGUACAAGUGGAGAUGUUGGGCAGGGAGGUUUGAUUCGCCGUUGGGCUGCCUGAGCUCGAGGGUCACUUUGAUAUUUAUUUAUCCUAUCGUUUUCCUGGGCGAUGUUGAUCAUUCUCAUCAUGCCUUGGAAGAUCUGGUCACAUCUUUUACCAUAUACCUCGUGUCUCCUCAGCCAUAGUCACCUACCGAUUUGACUUGGACCUCAACACCAAAACCAUGUCCACUGAAGUCAAAACCUCGGUCCUCUAUGGGGCUAAAGACCUCCGUCUUGAAACCCGCCCGCUUCCACCCCUCACGCCAGAUGACGUCCGCGUCACCGUCAAAGCCACCGGUCUCUGCGGCUCAGACCUUCACUAUUACAACCACUUCCGCAAUGGCGACAUCCUUGUCCGCGAGCCUCUGACUCUAGGCCAUGAGUCGGCCGGAAUCGUCACCGCUGUCGGCUCAGCCGUCACCGAUCUGUCCCCCGGAGACAAGGUGGCUCUUGAAGUUGGACAACCGUGUGAAUCAUGCAAUCUUUGUCUUCGAGGGAGGUACAACAUAUGCCCCGAGAUGAAGUUCCGCUCUUCCGCCAAGGCGUGGCCCCAUGCCCAGGGGACGCUGCAGGAGGAGAUUGUACACCCCCGGAAGUGGUGUCAUAAACUACCCGAGGGAGUGAGCUUGGAGGAUGGAGCACUGGCUGAGCCGAUGGCUGUUGCUCUUCACGCGCUGCAGAGGGCAAAGUUGGAGGAAGGGGCAAAGGUUUUGGUCUUUGGGGCUGGGACGGUGGGCUUGCUUUGUGCGGGCGUUAGUAAAGUUGUGAGUAAGGCCAGUGUGAUUAUUGCGGAUAUUCAGGAGGAGAGGGUCAAGUUCGCGACCGAGAAUGGGUUUGCGGAUGAGGGGGUGGUCGUGCCAAUGAAGAGGCCGGAGACGAUAGAGGAGAAGCUGGUGUUUGCGAGGGAGGUGGCGGAGAUGGUAGGGGAGAAAAUGGGACCGGUGGAUGGGACGUUUGAGUGUACGGGGGUGGAGAGCUGUCUGCAGGCUGCCAUCUUUGCCACGGCUCCAGGAGGCAAAGUCAUGAUCAUCGGCAUGGGCAACCCAGUUCAGACUCUUCCCAUCUCAGCAGCCUCGAUCCGAGAGGUCGACCUCGUUGGCGUCUUCAGAUAUGCAAAUGCUUACCAAAAAGCCAUUGAGCUGCUCGCUAAUGGUCUUCGAUCAAAAUUGCCUGGGUUAAAUCACCUGAUCACGCAACGCUUCACAGGUAUUGAGAACAUACCCAAAGCCUUUGGAAUGGCGGGUCGAGUCAAAGACGACGAGGGAAGAUUGGUGAUCAAGGUGCUGGUCAAUAUGUAAUUAUGAGAUCUCUAGAAACGUCUGAAUACCCAUACCCUUUCC